AUGGGCGGGCUCCGCCUCCUGGCCACGUGGGCGCGCGCACCGGAGUCCCGAGCUGGUAUUGCACCUCCGAUCGCGCGCGGGAUGCUCUACCUGCACGAGGAGGCCGUGGUGCCCAUCCUGCACCGGGACCUCAAAUCCAGCAACAUUCUGCUCCUGGAGAAGAUCGAGCAUGAUGACAUGUGCAAUAAGACGCUGAAGAUCACGGACUUCGGGCUGGCGCGGGAAUGGCACCGCACCACGAAGAUGAGCGCGGCGGGCACCUACGCCUGGAUGGCGCCGGAAGUCAUCAAGUCGUCCCUGUUCUCCAAGGGAAGUGACAUCUGGAGCUACGGAGUGCUGCUGUGGGAGCUGCUUACGGGGGAGGUCCCCUACCGCGGCAUCGACGGUCUCGCCGUGGCCUACGGGGUGGCGGUCAACAAGCUCACCCUGCCCAUUCCGUCCACCUGCCCCGAGCCCUUCGCCAAGCUCAUGAAAGAAUGCUGGCAACAAGACCCUCACAUCCGCCCAUCGUUUGCCUUAAUUCUCGAGCAGCUGACCGCCAUCGAAGGGGCGGUCAUGACGGAGAUGCCCCAGGAAUCCUUUCAUUCCAUGCAGGACGACUGGAAGCUGGAGAUCCAGCAGAUGUUCGAUGAGCUGAGAACAAAGGAAAAGGUGAGAACAUGCAUUGAGUUGCCUGAUACACGCACACGUAUGAAGCUGAUGGAGGACAGGAGUCAUCAGCCAUUACUUCAAACCAGGAAAUCUCAGUUCUUUCUCUCCCGUCUGACAGAUUUCCAGCACAAAAUCACCGUGCAGGCCUCUCCCAACCUGGACAAACGGAGGAGUCUGAACAGCAGCGGGUCCAGCCCGCCCAGCAGCCCCACUGUGAUCCCACGGCUCCGGGCCAUACAGCUGACUUCGGAUGAAAGCAACAGAACGUGGGGAAGGAGCACGGUCUGCCGACAAGAAGAGUUUGAAGAUGUAAGAAGGAAUUUCAAGAGGAGAGGUUGUACCUGGGGACCCAGUUCGAUCCAAAUGAAAGAAAGAACUGAUUGCAAAGAAAGAAUAAGACCUCUCUCGGAUGGCAACAGUCCUUGGUCAACUCUCUUCAUAAAACAUCACAAAACCAUGCCGUUGGCAUCGUUAUUUGUGGACCAACCAGGUGCUUGCGAAGAACCCAGACCCUCUGCCGAUGGAUCAGAGCCCAGAAAACCACAGCAGAUCAAACCCUCAGCGCCAGCCCCGGCGGACCCGCCUCUGGGCAAAGAUGGGCAGCGAGAGAGCCCGCUGGAGACUGAGAACUGGGAGGAGGCUGCCUCAGCCGCGGGCACCCCUCAGGGGACCCCGACCCACACUCUGAGCAGGCCGCCCCCCAGGAGAAGGACGGAGGGCGCCCUGUACAGUGUCUGUCCUGCCGCAGGAGGGUGCCAGCCCGCCUCCCCACCCAGACGCGAGGCCGAGAGCGGGGUGUGGAGGCACCUGGGUCCCCCCUCCUCGGAGCUGCCCCGUGGGAACGCGCCUCCCUGUUCUUCGUCGAAGAAAAGGGCAGCGAGUCACAGGCGGACCGUCUCCGAUGGCAACGCCUCUCUGGCCCCAGCAGCUGCUGCCGCAGGAGCUCCAGGACUGCCCCCCGAGCGGGUGUGGGGACCCCCCCACCCCUCCUGGCCUCACGGGAACCUGCCCCUCCAGGCGCUGCCACUGGAGGCCCCGCCAGGAAAACACAGAGCCUUCACCCCCGGCCUGGGCGGCGGGGCACCGACCCCUGGCUGUCCCCUCCCAGCCCCGGACAGAACUAGGUCGCUCGGGCCCUCCUUGCUGGACUCGGACGUGCAGGGCCAGAGCCAGGACUGCACGCCGCCCCUGUGCCGGGUGAAGAGCGAGAACGGCCGGCCGGCCGUCUACCAGCUGGAGAAGGAGUUCCUGUCUUAGUGCCUUAUGUUAUGCAAGCAUUUCUCUCUUUUGUAAGGUGGACAAUUAAAACACUGCGUCUGUCUUUGA